AAUUACUUCAAAGAAAAAGACAUUCUUUGUCUCGCUGUUUCACUUCAGUCUUUCUUCCUCAUUUUAUGUAUCGUCUCAUUGUUACUGUUUCUCCCUCACCCUCAUUCUCUGUUUCACAGUUCCUCAACGUCGCUGCUUCCGAAUCCCAACCACCGCAUAUCCACCUCCUGUUCGCACUCUUGUUGCUCUCUUAACCACCGUCGCCCGCUGGUAAUGAGCUCAUGUUGAUUUUUUUUCUACUCGAGAAAGCUACAUGGCCUGCAGUUGCUGCUUUGUUAACCUUAUCUUGUCCAAGCCCAUUUUGAUGGGAUUCUCACCAAGAAAUGAAGAGUGGUGUGAUCUCUCUAACCAAUGGAUGUUUGAAAUUUGCUUCUCAAAGUUUUUGCUCUGGUCGUUUUAUGCAUAUUUUCUUUAAGGAUAGAGUUUUUAAAGAAAAGCAUUGCACUUUUUAUUCAGCCGGUGCAAGACCAUUUCCAGAUUACACACCUAGAAAACCAACAAUCAGGGAUUCUGAAGUUGUGCAGGGUAUUUCUAAAACCAUAAAGCAACGACGCUUUGAGACAUUAAGGCAUGUGCUUAGGCCCUUCGAGUCAAAGUUCAAGCCUGACCAUCUCAUUUGGGUUCUUAUGAACAUCAAAGAUGAUUACGAGUUGGUAUUCAACUUCUAUGAAUGGGCAUGUCUUCAUAGAGAACCAUCAUUGGAAGUUCAAAUUAUUGUCAUUCAUAUUGCUGUUGCUUCAAAAGAACUGAAGAGGGCUCAUAAUCUUUUAUAUGCUUUCUGGACUAAACCGAAUCUGGAUGUUACCCGUUUUUUUUCAUGUUAUGUUAAAAAUUUGAUCUAUACGUACAAGGAUUGGGGUUCAGAUCCUUGCAUAUUUGAUCUUUUCUUUGAGGUCCUGGUUAAAGUUGGACUUUAUGUGGAGGCAAGGGGAUUUUUUGAAAAGAUAUUGCAGUAUGGUUUGGUAAUCUCUGUUGAUUCUUGUAGCUUGCUUCUUUCUAGACUUUCCAACCAGUCAGAUAAGAUUAAGGAUAGUUUCAAUGUUUUCCAUGAGUUCCUUGCAGCAGGGGUUUGUUGGGAUACUGGUUCUUAUAACAUAAUCAUAAAGGUUUUUUGCCACAUGGGAAAAAUUAGAGAAGCACACCAAUUGCUAUUGCAAAUGGAGUCAAGGGGUUGUCUACCUGAUGUUGUGAGUUAUAGUAUUGUUAUUAAUGGAUAUUGUCAUGUUGGCGAACUACAAAUGGCGCUGAGUCUGGUUAAUGAAAUGAGAAUAAAGGGUUUAAAGCCCAAUUCAUAUUCGUUUAAUGGCAUUAUUCUUCUUAUGUGUAAAGCCGGAAAAGUAGCUGAUGCAGAAAGGGUUCUAAGGGAAAUGAUUAGCUCCAGAAUACCAUUAGAUAAUGUAGUCUACACAACAAUUAUUGAUGGUUUCUGCAAGUUUGGUAAUUGUUUUUCUGCUAUCAAGCUUUUUGAAGAAAUGCAAAGAAGUAAAAUCUUUCCUGAUGUAAUCACAUAUUCUGCUAUCAUAUGUGGGCUAUGUCGGAGUGGAAACAUGUUGCUUGCAGAAACACUUUUCAAUGAUAUGCUUGACAGAGGCUUAGCACCAGAUGAAAUCACUUAUACAACAUUUAUAGAUGGUUAUUGCAAGGCAGGUAAGCUUAAAGAGGCCUUUUUUCGGCACAAUGAGAUGGUUGAGAAUGGGUUGGUUCCUAAUGUUGUCACCUAUACUGCCCUUGCUGAUGGCCUUUGCAAGCAAGGAGAGGUCGAUGCAGCAAAUGAACUUUUGCAUGAAAUGUGCGCUAAGGGUUUAGAACUUAAUCUAUGCACAUAUAAUGUACUCAUUAAUGGUCUAUGUAAAUCAGGGGAUUUAUUCCAAGCAAUAAAACUGAUGGAGGACAUGGAGGUGACUGGAUUUCAUCCUGAUGUUAUUACUUAUACUACUUUGAUGGAUGCCUACUGUAAGUCAGGAGAAAUCUCUAAGGCCCAUGAACUCCUUAGUAGAAUGCUGGAUAAAGGUCUGCAGCCUACUGUUGUUACAUUUAAUGUGUUGAUGAACGGAUUUUGCUCGUCAGGUAUGGUGGAAGAUGGUGAGACACUGUUGAAGUGGAUGUUGGAGAGGGGCAUUAUGCCGAAUUCCACAACCUAUAAUUCUCUUAUGAAGCAGUAUAGCAUCAGAAGCAACAUGCCUGCUACAACUGAAAUUUACAAGCAAAUGUGUGCUCAGAAUGUGAUGCCAGACAGCAACACAUAUAAUAUAUUAAUUAAGGGGCAUAGUAAAGCAAGAAAUAUGAAAGAAGCAUGGUAUUUGCACAAAGAAAUGGUUGCAAAAGGCUUUGAUCUCUCUGGAAGUUCUUAUAAUGAUUUUAUCAGGGGGCUUCUCAAAAAGAAAAAGUAUGGGGAAGCAAAGCAAGUCUUUGAUGAGAUGCGGAGUAAAGGAUACAUGGCAGAUCAAGAUUUAUUCAACUAUUUUCUUGACAAAAACUUUGAGGAAGGGAACCUAGAAACUUCUCUGGAUCUUUGUGAUGAACUGAUAGAGAAAUUCCUCAUUGAUAAGGUUAAUGAAGGGAACAAAACUUGAUCAAUUAGUUUUUAACGGGCAUAUUACUUAGCAUCCACCGACCCCAUAUUGUUGGUAUUAAGGCUUUGACAUUGUUGUAUCACCUACAAUGUACUAAAAAACCAGACGUGUCUAUCAAGCUAACUUUACUGAUUAAAAAAUAAAAAUCAAAAAUUAUUUAUGAGGGUGAUGUUGGCACUUUCAAGUUCGUCAUGUCCUCAUAAUCUAUGUGCCAUAAGCUUUCAGAAAUUGCACAUGUUGUCCACAGUCCACAGAAGGAAUGUGGUGUACCAGGCAUCACGUUUUGGGUACGGGUGCUGCAGAAAUGAAGGGAUGUACUGCAUCAGACACUAUCUUAACACAAGUGAUUUUCCUGGUAUUAGAUAGUGACAGCUACAUCUUACUCUUGUGCAGAUCCUUACUGAUGCUCAGUUACGGAGGUGGUCAACUUCUGUGGCAUACUGGAGAUUGUAGUUCAGCAUCUGUAUGAAUCUUAAAAGAUAUGAUUUUGUAUUAUUCUACAAUGCAUAUUGUCAUGCCAACCGGUGAUAAAUGCAUUCAUGUAUUGCCAUAGCAGUUUAUAAAUAUGAAUGAACUGCAGCUAAUCUGUUUGAAAUGGUAUGGAAUUCAAGGUUCUUACAAUCUAAGUUUGAAAACUUGAUGAGUUGAUGUGGAUUUGUCAUUAUCAUCCAGUCUCUGCCUCUUUUGGUGGAUAGCUUAGGUAUAGUGUGUUAGUCCCUAUCUUGAUGUUUAUGAUGGUUGUUUAUAUAUGUUGCUAAUACCAAUUUUCCACCCAUCA